AGAAAGAGCCAUUAAAGAAAACUAAAGGAAAAAACGAACCACAAAAAGAAAUCUGAUACUACGCGGCGGCACGUCUUCUACAAAACCUGUAAAACCUGUAACAUUUCUCUCAACCUCUCACGACGGCGGACGCGGACCGGAGCAAUUUCGCCACCAAUGCUGUCACCGUCUCCUCUCCGCCGUCUCUCUCCUGCUGUACCUUCUCUACCUUCUUUCUCUCGCCAUCUUCUCUAUAAUCAUAAACCCUUUCCGGUUCUCCCCUGUUUUCACUCUUUUCCCAAACCCCUUCUUCGAGUUCGAGCCAUUGAUGCCGCUCAGCCUUACGAUUAUGAAUCAAGAGUCGCCUCCCGUUUUCACAACUCCCAGAAGUUGAAAAUCGCUAUCAUUGGGUUUGGUAACUUCGGUCAAUUUCUCGCCAAGACUAUUGUCCGUCAAGGUCACACCGUCUUGGCUCAUUCCCGAUCGAACCACUCCGAUGCGGCUCGUAAGCUCGGGGUUUCGUUUUUUUCCGACCCGGAUGACCUUGCUGAAGAACACCCAGAAGUGAUUUUGCUCUGUACGUCGAUAAUUUCGACUGAGUGUGUUCUUAGAUCGUUGCCAUUGCAGAGAUUGAAGAGGAAUACAUUGAUAGUGGAUGUGCUUUCAGUGAAGGAGUUCCCGAAAAGCUUAAUGUUGGAGUUACUGCCUGGGGAUUUUGAUAUAAUUUGUUCUCACCCAAUGUUUGGACCUGAAAGCGGUGCGAAUGGAUGGAAUGAACUUUCUUUUGUUUACGAGAGGGUUAGAAUCGGGUCGGAGGAAUCUAGGGUUUCGCGUUGUGAGAAAUUUUUGAGUAUUUUUGAGAGAGAGGGUUGCAGAAUGGUGGAGAUGAGCUGUGCGGACCAUGAUAGAUAUGCGGCUGAAUCGCAAUUCAUUACACAUACUGUUGGGAGAGUUUUGGCUAUGUUAAUGUUGGAGUCUACACCGAUUAAUACUAAAGGGUAUGAGACUUUGUUGAAUUUAGUGAAGAAUACUGCUGCAGAUAGCUUUGAUUUGUAUUAUGGUUUGUUUAUGUAUAAUAAAAAUGCAUUAGAGAUGCUGGAGAGGUUGGAUUUGGCUUUUGAAGCAUUGAAGCAGCAGCUCUUUGGGCGGUUGCAUGAUGUUGUGAGGAAGCAAUUGUUUGGAAGUGCAGAGAAAUUGCGUACUUGGCCUGAAAUUCCUCCUCAAGAUGGGGCUUCUCUUGCACUGACAACCUAUUCAGAGGCUACCAGGUUUCAGGAAUUUUCUCCAACUUCCGACUCCAAACCUGCAAAACCUGAGGAAAACUCAAAGCUCAAAAUUGCUAUUAUCGGAUUUGGUAACUUCGGUCAAUUUCUUGCCAAAACAAUGGUAAAACAGGGUCACACUGUUUUAGCCUGCUCGAGGUCCGACUACUCAAAUGUGGCUAAGGAGUUGGGCAUUUCUUACUUUUCUGAUGCAGAUGAUAUAUGUGAAGAACAUCCAGACGUAGUUCUUCUCUGCACCUCCAUUCUUUCAACAGAGAAAGUUCUCAGAUCGUUACCUUUUCAGAGAUUGAAGAGAAAUACUUUGUUUGUUGAUGUACUUUCAGUAAAAGAAUUUCCAAGAAAUUUGUUUCUUCAAAUUUUACCCCCAGAGUUUGACAUCCUCUGCACCCAUCCCAUGUUUGGGCCAGAGAGUGGUAAGAAUGGAUGGAACGAUCUUUCCUUUGUUUAUGAUAAGGUCCGAGUAGGAAAUGAGGAAUCAAGAGCAUGCCGUUGCAAUUGCUUUCUCGAUAUCUUUUCAAGUGAAGGGUGUCGAAUGGUGGAAAUGUCAUGCUAUGAUCACGACCGGCAUGCUGCAGGGUCACAGUUCAUUACUCAUACAAUGGGGAGGAUUUUAGAAAAGUUGAGUUUGAGCUCUACACCAGCUAAUACCCAAGGUUAUAAAACCUUGUUGGACUUGGUGGCAAAUACUGCUGGAGAUAGCUUUGAUCUUUACUAUGGUCUGUUUAUGUACAACGCAAAUGCCAUGGAGCAACUUGAGAGGUUGGACCUGGCUUUUGAAGCAUUGAAGAAGCAGCUCUUUGGGCGUUUGCACGGUGUUCUCCGGAAGCAACUUUUCGAGAAUACGCAAGGCAACAUAGAUGCACAAGAAGAUCCCGUGAUGAAGCCAAAUCAAAACGGCACUGCUCUUUUACCCUUACCUGAUUCUCGUUGAUCUUCAUUAGGAGUCAUCUUUCACUUUCACUUUCACUUCUUACUUGUAUGCUGGUCGUGUACGCUUGUGCAAACGAAUGUUGUCUUCUAAAUCAACCAUGUCAAAGGUGAGAUUGGUGGCAAUUGGACCCCCCCUACAACUCCAUGGCAGUACUACUACAUUCUCAUCCUCGUUCCAGUCGAUUCUCGAACAAAGAUAUUGUUUCCAGGAUGCACCCAAAAUUCGACUACUGAUUUGAAUUGAUAUGAAGCUGCUGCUGGGACUAUGGUGAGUAAAAUUUAGGUGCAAUUUGGGGACUUUUAGGAAAACUAGCUUAGGCUUUGAUAGGAUAUGGAACAAGAUGAAUUAAAAGUAUUAGUAGGAGUGGAUUCUGGAUUUGAAUUGGGAGAUUUUGGGUUCUUUCUUCCUCCUUAUGGUCCUCAUUAAAAUAUAAAUUCAUUUUGUAUCAAGCAAUUUAUACCAUAAUUUUUGUUUGUGAUAA